AUGGCCCCAGUCACCGUUUGGGAUGACAAGGCCCGAUCUGACCUGCUGGUCGCCUUCCUGACAGUCAACAAGCCUUCCAAAGAGGAUUGGGACCGUGCUCUGGCUGUUGUCCACGACAAGGGCUACACCUAUAACGCAAACGCUGUCAUGUACUUCAUUCCUUUCUCCUCCCUCAGACUCUUCGCCUUCGCGUACCUAUCAUCGCUGCCAUUCACACUUUACGCAUUAUUACAUGCAUACAUGAGAAAUGCUAACUGUUAUCAAAGGCAGCACAUUCAGAAGCUUCAGCGCAAGGAGCAAACCGCUGGCGACAGCGGCGAGGGCAGCGGCACUCCCGUCAAGAAGGCUACCAAAAAGGCCACCACUCCCCGCAAGCGCAAGUCACCGGCCAAGAAGACCAAGGCGGAUACCGAGGCCGAGGAUAAUGAGGAUAAUGAGGAGCAGGAGGAGACUCCUGCCACCAAGAAGGCUCGUAUGCCGAAGAAGGCUAGCAUGACGGCGGAGGCUGACGAGUUCCUUAACACCGAUGACAUGGGCGACAGCUUCGAGACCAAAGAUGCUGGUAUCUAA